UGAAGAGGAAAAUUCGUUUCCCGAAUAUUCCAAGGCCAUAUUGAGACUUCCCACAAUUCCAUUCUUCGUGAUGAGUUUUGAGAUUGUUUUGUCACGUUCUUUCGUGCUCAAAAGUAGUUUUUUUACUGCCAUAGAUAAGGCGAAACGGCCUCGAUACAAUGUGACUAGAGAUUUUCUAGGAGAAGAUUGACCGAGAAGGAACAGAAUUUCGUCGAUUACGAGGAUUCAUGGAAUGCACGGGUCGCUUGGGGACCGUAUCAACGAAUUAUGAUCACUCACGUACAAGGAACGAAGAAAAACAUUCGUAUCCAGGUUCCUCAUAAGAUCUGGAAAUUGGAACAGGAGCUUAAACGCAGUUUGAUCUCCGGUGCUAGUGGAGGCCAGCCUCGAAUCAUCCAGCAAUCGAUAGACUCGUACGAAGACACGAAAAGGAGCAAAGAGCAUGAAUUGGCCAAAGAAUUUUGGUGUACGAGUGGUGUUUUUGGUCCUCGUUGUCACUCUUGAGCAUGCUUCGAGCUAUUCGAACUUUGGUCUAAGAGGGAAGCCCUUUCAACCGCCUCUCAACUAUUCCAAUGGAGCCGACUCUGAUCGCAAAUUGAUUACGAAUAACGAGCCUCUGGUAAUCCAAAACCAAGGCCAAGGACAGAGCCAAGUGCAAGGACAAGAACAGAGACAAGGAAGAGUCCGAAGGCUAUACCUGGAGCCUUUAAGGUAUGAAGAACUGGAGCGAAGCUUCGACGUAGACGCCUUAGGCUCAGGCUCAGGCCCAGACUCAGACUCAUGGGAUAUCAGAAAAGACGAGGAGGAGGAACCGAUGGGGAUUGUGUCUCUUAAUCUAACGGCUUAUAUACGGAAAGGAAAGAUUUCCGAUGCCUUAAUCCGAUCCAACGUUAAUUUUUCCGCGCAAUUGAACAUCAAGAGUCACGCCGGUUAUUUCAUUGUUAACGAAACCUUCAAUACUAAUCUUUUCUUCUGGUAUUUUCCUGCCAAGGAAAAUUCUGAAAAAGCUCCGGUAGUGCUAUCCCUCUGCAAAGAUUUCAUUGAAUGUGUACUCAUGCACGGCGGUCCAAUCUCGUUCAACGAUUUAGGUCAUUUCAACGUGCGCCCGGAGUUCUUGAGCAAGAAGCACCACGUUAUUUACAUCGACCACGACAUUGGAUCGAAUUUCAGUUUUGCCAACCAUUUUCGCGGCGUUCCGUCGACGCCGAAGGAAAAGGGUGACAUCUUGCUCAACGUACUGGAGCAGUUUUACCACCUUUUUCCGAGUCUGCGAUACAACGACGUCUUCGUGUCAGGCCACGGUGAAGGAAGCAAAUUAGCUCUUUACGUUGCCCAGUCGAUCCACGAGCACAAUAAUCGUCAGAAAUCCGACGAAAAGAUCAAUUUAAAGGGCAUCGCGAUCGGAAGCGCUCUCAUCGACCCGCCCAAGCAGCUCUUCUUCGGAAGAUUCCUCCACGAAAGUGGACUCAUCGAUGCGAACGGCAAAUCCGAGUACUUGCGGAUGGAAAAAAGUGUCCGGGAUGCCCUAUUCAAGAAAGAUUACGUCGGGGCUUUCAAAAUUUACCAGAAUCUCACUGGCAGCUUUUUUAGAAGGUUAACUGGAUACGCUCGUCCCUUCAACAUUCUUCGGAAUGAGAAAAAUUCGUCGGAACUCUUUAACUAUAAUAAACUGUUGAAUGCUGUGUUGGAGCAUUCUCGCGUUUUAAGUAGAAUUUCUCUACCGAUCUUCGCGAAAAGUCUAGCUGAAAAGGCAGCGGAUUCAAUGAUUUCCCAAGCAGAUACAGUGAGAAAACUCCUCGCGAACUACCGAAUCUUGGUGUACACCGGGAACCUUGACAUUCUCUGUUCUUAUCGGUCGAUGGCAGUCUGGCUCAAUGCGUUGAGCUGGCCUGGUGCGAAGAGAUUCAGAAACGCUGUCCAACUAGAAUGGCGAGACGCCCGCGACGAAGUCGCUGGUUACGUCAGAAAAUCCGGCAACCUCGUCGAAGCCGUUGUCAGGAACGCUGGACAUUUCAUGUUCGCCGAUCAACCAAAGUGGACGCUCCAACUUUUGGAAUAUUUCUUCCGUGGAGCAAUAUAAGUUUAACGAAGUAAAAAUGACGAAUUAGCUUAUAAAACCAUUCGGGAUGAAACGAAGUCGACGAAUUUUGGCAGAUGAGAAAAACAGGAAAGAAAGGAAGAAAUAAAAUAAAUGGAGAAAAAUUUAGAAAUUUCCACAAUUGUGUCGUCACGAGAGCGUUCUGGAAAACGAUUGCGAUCGAAGGAAGGAUUCAUAGAAUUGCGCGUGCCAACUGCGGACCGUUCCACCGAAUUGCGAUUAUUCACGUAUCGAAUAAUUCCAGAGAAAUGAUUUAUCAACGGCCCUGACUUCGAAUGAAGAUCGUGCCUGCGCAUUGGAGGAAUGAAAAUUCGUUCGAUUGCUUCCUCGAGAAUAACAGCUGCGAUAAUAUUGUAAAAAGACCUUUCAAUAAUUUUGAGUACUGGAAACUUCUUUUCGUACAAAGAUGAGUGACUCCGUAUUUUAUUUUAAUUCACAAAUAAUAAUUACAAUUCAAUGAAAAACCAUUUAAUUUUGUGGAAAUAUUUAAGUUUAAGGAUCGAUUAUUCAAUUCCAUGAAAACAGAUCGAUUUAUAUGAAAAAUAAGUUUAAUCAUUUUCAAAACAAUUAUUAAUGUAACCGAUGUGAUGUGAAACGAAAUAUUCGAAGAAUAAAUGAACCCUCACGAA